CAGGUUGCAUGGCAAAUCGUGAGACCCACCAGCGCCACGAUCUGAUUCUUCGCCUUGGCGAACGUGGGGUGAAGCGAAUCACCCCGCCAAAAUCUUAUCAGAAACAACAAGGAUCUUUUUAACGUUCCUUGCCCCGGAUUUUGGCGGAAGGGGACUUGCCGGGUGAGUUGAUGAGGACAUGGGCGAGUUGCCGACCCGAACUUGGGUUUGAUAAAUGUCGCAAUGUGCAUUUCAUUUCUUAUUUGUUGGGAACGUCAUGUCAGUCAGUAGGAGCCCCGCCUUGCAGGCCAAGUGGUGUUUCGUCGUGGACGUGUUUGCCCACUAGAUGCCCCACGUGGUUCAACUUAUCCAGGCUCGACGACGGGUUGGAAGCCCCGACCCAUCGGAUUGUUCUUGGAUAUUCGAUGGGGUAUCUCGCCUCCUCGUUAGUUUGCCUCAAACUAUCCCUCGAGUCUCAUCAUGCACACCCUACUGUGCACUUGAACUCCUUCUCAUGUUGGUGGCGGCGCAAACUCAGGGAUGCUCCCGGCCAUAACAGCCUUCGGCCGGACAACGUAGCCCCCGACUUCUUGUGCAAUGACGAUAGGGAAGGGUGGCGACAAACUAAACAUCGCCCUUUAGAAAUGGCUAGGCCUAGAUGUUCUGUGUAUACCAAGAGAGAUGGACCUUUGGUCAACCUUUUCACGCAGCCCAAAGCCGAGUGUGUCCGAUCGAUGACUCCCUGAACUGUGUAUGUCCACCCGUCGUCACGGGGCAACACGCUUACUGCUGCUCAAACUCGCCCCUCCGCUCAACUUGAUUGCCGAAUUCGUGCUAGACCGGAGAAUACCAGCUUCGUCCGAAUCAUCAAUGACCAAAUUGCAUCCGAAGCACGGCCGCCGUCUCUGGUGAGCGGUCCCUGUGAACAAUGCGCUC